AUGCCGACUCCAGUGCCGUGGCCAGCUGCGCUAGAUUACGCGGUUGAGGAUCCAUGGCGCGAACAACCCGAUCGAGAUGGUUCCACAGAUUCUCGAUUGGGUUUAAAUCAGGUGAGUUUGCUGGCCAGGGGAGUACGGUUUCAUUAUNCUGUAAACAUUCAACUCUGCCCUACUGGUUACACAGGUGAUGUUCGUCGUAAGUGCGUUGCAAAGACUACGGGAGCAGUUUGGGAAGAGCCUGAUUUUUCAGGCUGUUUUUCUGGUGGAUUCGUCAGCCUCAGGAAAAAGGUUGAAAGUUUACGUUUGGGUUACCUGAUCAGUGAUGCUGGGGCUCUCCUCUCUCGAUUGAAACGAUACCUGAUGUCAAAAAAACCCAAACUCCAUUUCUGUGAGGGAGAACCCAUAGUCGAUGUCCUGCAAGAUAUUUUGAACAUUAAACACGGAGAUAAAGGAAGUCAAGAAUCCUGGCCGACGUUCCUUGAUAUUACAUCAGCUCUUCUGGAAUCCCCCAUUCUUAUUAGAAAGCAAAAGAAACUGACUCAACUUCACGAUUUGAUUUUUGGGUAUGGAUUCCAAUACGCAGAAAAGUCGAAUGCUGUCAGCUUUGAAAUGUUUGAGAGAAAAGUGUUGGCUGUCCAAGUUGGGAAGUUAUCCGGAGAUUUGCAGCAGACUCUGAAAUUGCCAUCUCAAAUGUUCACAGCUGUGAAUAAAUUUUCGGACACUCCACCCCUGCAGUUUGCCUGGAUGACGAAUUCUGUCGAAUUGGAUUUCAGUCAUUUGGCUCAUGAUGAAACUAGAGGAAAUUCUACUGCAUCAGUUGUUGCUGUAUUUUACAAGAAUUUAUCAUCACAUUUACCGCAGAGGUAUUUCACGAAGAGAGGGGUAGCUGAUGUCGAAUAUCAAUUGAUCUCCAGUUUGGUGGGCGUUCGAGUAAGCGACGAUUUGAAUGGAGAGGAAGAUGUUGACGUCAGAAUAUCAUUAAGGAGCUUUAACCACACCUUUGCUAACAAGCAAAGUGAAUGGAACAUAUCUUGCGCCAUGGCAAAUUUCGAAAGUGGCAUUGUACAGUUCACGACGAAUUAUUGUCAUUUAAUUUGGCAAGUAGGAAACGAUAGUAUUUGUCAGUGCCAUAGAUUGGGAACAUAUGCCUUAUUGCUUACUCAUUACGCUCUUCCAAAAGAAAUUCCCAUAGAAGUGAGCUUCGACGCUAUAGCGGGAUCAGGAUGUGCCAUGUGUGCCUUUCUUUUAAUUAUCACAAUAUUCAUUCUUCUUUCGAUUUUAAGGAAAAUGCGUGGGGCUAUUACCGCACUGAAAUUACAAGUAUGCUUAGCUUUAUUGGGAGCUUUUGGAAUAUUUUUAUGGGGAUUACUAAAGCCACUUUCUGAAGAAUUUUUUUCGUACACAGUAUCUUUAAUUCAGUUUUUUCUACUGACUGCCUUUUCUUUACAAUUAUGUAUGGCACUGGUUGUUUAUAUCGAAAAUGUUGAUAUCAAGAACACACAAUAUUCCUUUACAAAAAUUUCAGCUCUUGGAUGGGCUAUUCCUGUGAUAAUAGUUGGAGCUACGUUAGCCGCUCAGAGCUUAGAAGGUUAUGCGUUAGACGGGUGGUGGUUAACGCUAGGAUCGAACUUUUUUUAUGCAUAUACAUCAUCAAUUUUAAUUCUCACAAUGUUUCAAGUUUUAUUGUUUCUUAUUGUGAAAACAGAAAUCAAAAAUUACCGAAAAGUAGCUGAUUUUUUACAAAAUAAAAAACUAAGAUUUGAAAAUAGUCGAAUAACCCUUCUUCAUCGUUCCCUGUUUUUAACAAGUACCCUCCUAUUUAUGUCGAUGUCAAGUAUUUUAUACGUCAAUUACGAACAAAAAAUUUAUGAAUACCUAUUUGCUUCGAGCUCAAUACUUGUAGGACUUGUUGUUUUCUUUAGCUAUACUUUCUGUAGUGAGAAGCAUUUUCUUUUCUGCUGUGUGAAAGUAAAGAGUGAAAAAUCAAUUGAACACGAAGAUUCAGACAUGAGAAGUGGAACGGAUUCAUUUAAGAGUUUUUUGAAACCAGAAAUAGUAGAUGAUCCAUACUCCAGAAAGAUGCACAUAGACGCCGAAAAAAGGGCUGAAAGAAUCAAACGAAUGUACUCCCAAAUAGAAAAAGCCUCACUAUCAGACUCCCUGACGAGCCAUCGAAACGACGCCACGACGGAACUCUUAAAUCCCAACCAGUACCAACAACAACGUCCAGAGUCGUCUGCCGAAGACGGUCACACACCUAUCUUCAAACCCUACCAGCACGCCACCAUCAACAGCGAUAGCCCUCAGCAGUACAGCAAAGACCUGUUCUGCGAUUCACUGGACAAAGGGGAUGGCUAUCCCAAGAUGCAUUGGAGGUACGCCAAUCACCCGCACCACAUCAUGUACGGGUCACCAGGGGGCACCCUCACUAAACAUUCCAAAGACCACCCUGCACCUACGAGUGCAAAGAGACCACUUUUAUUAGAGUCAGACGUAGAUAAUCCAAAGUACAAUGAUUCUCAUCAUCAGGCAGAUUACGGAGCUAGUGGUCAGUAUCCUAAUUUUUCAUCCACGCCAUUCCUACCAUCACAGACUGUCAAAGCAGACAUCACGUGUACAGAAUCCUUCCAUCCGCUGGAGGGCAUUGACGAAGGACUGAAGGGGUCGUGCUUUCUGCAGCACACCGAUUCGCUGGAGACUGUGGUGCACUGUGACGCUACGUCAAAAACUGAAGCACCCCUGAGAACUAUCACCAAAGAUGUGAGUGUCCCGUCACAGUCGUGGAAUAUGACCACCGUUUGAUGUACAGCGUUUUCUAAAGACUACCAUUUUAGUUACUGCAUUUUGCUUGAUUUGAUUUAAAAUGACAUGAAUCUUUAAAAAAAAUGAAUGGGUAAUUUUUAAAAAAAAGAAAUUAUGAACUAAGAGCCGCAUUUUUCGAAACUACAAUCAUAUUUACUCUACUAUUAUGUCGAAUAUAUUGAGAAAAAACAUUACGAUAAAUACAUUAUUUUCUUUUAAAUGAUAAUUUAUUUAUCCAUCUACAUUCCUACGAACCUAAACUAGAUAAAUUUAAACGAAAUAAACCUAUUUUAACCUAAUAUUUCCAUCGUUUUUAAAGCAUCAAUGUAGUAUACUAAUCCAUGGAAGUAUACUGAUCAAUGGAAGUAUACUGGUCAAUGGAAAGACUUCAUUUGAUUCACGAGUGCUUUUAAAUGCAAAAAAUUGGACAUGUUUUGAGCGCUUUUUACCAAAAUGCCAUUCCUUAUUAAACAACUUCGAUUUGUUUGCCCACGAUACAACAUGCAUAUCUGCUUUUUCGCUAAUUAUAUGUAUAUAUUUGGAUGUUUAAAUACACAAAACAAAUUAUUUAUGUAAUUGAUAUUCUAAGAGUAAUGUCAUUGAGAUUAGAUAAAAUCUUUUUUUUUUAAUUCUUAUUGGAAUUGUCCUUAAUUUGUUUAUCAAACUUAAGAUCCUCAUUCACCAAGGGAUUGAGCCAAGAAGAGCGUUAAUUUACAUUCCUCAACUUAAAAGUAACUUUUGGUAUUUCAUGGUUACAUCAUUCCAACAUACUUAACACGUUUGAUUUAAUUUUGUACAUGUUUAGUUAUUGUUUUGUAAAAUAUCCAAAUACCUGGCAUGUGAGAAUCCACAAACAAGAUUGCUGGCAGACACCCCUGUAAGAACAAAACUAUCUAUAACAACAAUUAUAUAUACUAUAUAGCUAUAUAGCUAUACAACAGUAAAAGUAAAACUAUAUGUAACAGUCAUAUAACAACCUUUUUCCAAUGUUGAAAUAUAGAACAUUGUUCAAAUUUACGCGUAAAUGUUAUUUGAUAUUACGUCGAAAAUUUUCAACAAGGUUCCAAGAUUUAGGAUCAUGUUGUACCUUGAACCUAUUUUUCUUGUUGUACCUUGAACCUAUUUUCCUGGAGUGCAUGGCAGUGUUCGUUCGCCAAAAAAUUUUAAUAAUACAGAAACGUAUAAUCUAUUUCUCACAAAAUUUCUAAGCUAUUUGUAUAUUUUCUGCCAGCGUAAAAAAAAUGGAAAGUGAAAAUUGUUCCAAGAUACACCACGUUCCCCCUUUUAUGAAGCAAAUGAAGUCGUUCCAUUGACAAUUUCUCAGGAUUAUUUAAUUCAUCUAUGCAGAGUAUGCCGUUAUUACUGCCCUUAAUAUAUAUUUUUCAAAAAUAAAGUCCAAACAUUUUUUAUCAAAAAUGAAGUCAAAGCAUAGUGCAUAUUAGUAUUAAAAUUAAGAUUCAUAUUUAAUCCAAAAUUAGUGUCAAAAGAAAGGAGAAAACAAAAACUCUAACGGAUUCUAACGAACCAGUAUCGGGAAAGAAAGAACUGAUGAUAUCAAAACGUGUUUGCUUGCCUGAGGAAGCAGGGGUUGAAAAGCAAUUGUUAGAGUACCUCCAAGUUUAAUCAGGCAAUCAAACUAUUUUGAUGCUUUAACCACUAACUCUUUCGUAAGCGAUUCUUAAUAUGCAUACGUUUUUAACUUCAUUUCUGACAAACAUUCUAAAAAUAUAUCUUAAGGGUGGUUUUUGCUAAACACCCUGAUUAUUUAAGUUUCGUUACAAUAUAAUUAUAUAGCUACAACGAAACGAUUUGUCUUAUAAAAGUGAUUGAAUUAUUUUAUCCCUAAUAGCAUUUAUAAUUGUUAAGUUCUUCUAACAGUGUUAGUUGAGGAGACGAUACUGGAAUUGAAAAUUCUGAAUUAGGGUUGAGGAAAUUUUUAAUAUAAUUUUAUCCAGUCGUCGUGUUCUCUAAAACAAUUCAAUAAAUGCCUCAACAGCUUAAAAUGGCCCAUUUAUAAUUCUGACUGUUUUUAUUCAAAAUAGCUAAUUACAAAAUUUAUUUACGACAUACUUCAGACAUGCUCAUUUAUUUGCUGUUUUUCUUUUACUUUUGGACAAUUUAUUUCAAUAUGAACAGCCGAAUUACUGUUGCUUCUCGAUAUAAGUAAACAAUGUAAUAAUAAUUUAACAAUGUUAUAUAAGCAAACAAUGUUAAUAUCUAGUCAAAUUUUUAGCCCUUUGGGUGUUCUGAAACAGUUUGUACAUUUCUUAGUUUGUUUACAUUUUUUUUCUAUUCAAUUACAGGAAAAUACUCAGGUGAAAGUUUCGAUUUAUAACUCAAAGGGCUAAGCGUAAUUAAGAAUUGUGAUUUUUCAACCUCUUAUAUUGUGACAAUUCACCCAUCUCUUAACUGUGUCACAAACUGUUAAUUCGAAUUCAAUAAUUCAAACACAAGUGUUGCAAUAUGAAUUGCCCAUUUUAAACAAAUAUGCUUUUCCUUUUUGUUAAUAAUACUGUCUUUUAAAAAGUGCAACUGAACUGUUUUUGUUUACCAAAUGCUCCGUUUAUUAAAAAACCGUAAGAACCCCUGCGGUUUUAGGUGUUCUACGUUCAGUUUAACGCUAAGUUUUGUUUUUCGCGAAUUAUGAACUUAAAUCUAAACACUUACCCUGAAAUUUUUAAAAACAUUAAAAAAGAACUUAAUUCAAGCGAGGUAAAAAACAGUGUCCAAUUUCAAUUUACUAUAUAUCGAUAAAUUUAAUGUAUAUCGUUAACAUCGUCGUAUAUAUAUCGUCGAUAAAUUUAAUAUAUAUUUAAUAUAUAUCGUGAUAAAUUUAGUAUAUAUCAUUAACGAGAAAAACUAAUUAUUUAUGUCUUCUUAUUGUAUCACAAAUUCUUCACUCCUGAGUUUAAUUUUAUUUAUAUUUUAUUUACAGAUUUUAUUUUAUGUACGGAUUAUUUUUAAAAUCCGAAUAAUCGUUUAUUUAGUAACGAUAUACAUAAUAGCAAAAUGUUCUGACGUAAAAUUAAAAUAAUUAUAUAUUUUAUUAACAAAUUUAUCUUUGUUUCUUUUUUUUUUUAAAUAUUUCGACUUUUAAAGGAAAAAACAAUGAUAAAUGAGAAAUAGGGGUGGAGGUAAGGGGUCAGUCAUGGGCCGUCACAGCAAUGCGAUAUGGAAUGGAAAAAAAAGACAUCAAAUUUAACUAAAUAAGUUAUUUUGCUUAUGAAUAAAUUUUUACAACUUAAGUGUCAUAAUUUAUUCAAAACAAAAGCAGCUCAGUUGCAUUAGUAUGGGAUAUGAUUACUAUGUAUAGCUAAAAACUUUUAAAUUUUUUUUAAAAAUUUUAUUUUUUUUAAAUAAAAAAAAUUUUUAUUCUUCAAAAUGUUGUUUAACUUCCCACGCAUUCUUAAGUAAUAAAUUUUAAAUUAUAUAAAUACUAUGGUAGUACUAAAUCAUCGUGUAUGUUAAACAAAAUAUAAAUUUAAUAUUAAAGCGUUAAUUUUGGAACUGCGUAAAAAUACUUUACAAAAAAAUGUGUAAAGUCUUAACAGCUGUGCCCUACGUAUUCUUUUUAUUUAAUAAAUAAAUGUCAUAUUGUAUUCAAAUCAAAUCAGUCAACAUUUAAAUUCGUAAAACUCCGUCCUUUGAAGAAGUGCAAACAAAAGUGCUUAUUUCUUUCCAAAAAUAUAUUCAAUAUUGGCAUUCAAUUUUUCUUUUAAUUAAAAAAAGUAGAGAUAGAAAUCACUUAAAACAGAUUAAAUAUUUUAUUUUAAAUCAAUAAGUCAAUCAUAUUUUUUUUUCAGUUUUUAAAAUUGAUUUUUUUUUAAAGUUGCUGUCUCAUUUAUGAGGAAAAACGUCGCUUGCUUCUGUCUAAAGUAAUUUAAAAAAUUUCCAAAACGGCGUUGAAUGUAAUAAAAUACAGGGUGUUAAAAAUUUAAAUAAUUUUCACGCGGGCUUGCACAACGAAAGCCCCCUUUAAAAAUAAGAUUUCUGGUCCCAAAUUGCUCAUUUUGUCUCUUGUUAUUGCAUUAUUUUCCUACGACUUAGCGAUGUAACAGUAAUUACAUUUUGCAUACGUUCACUAACUUUAUUUGUUGUAAAAUGUAAAUAUUUGUUUUUCGGUAUAAGCAUUCAUAUAAUUUUAAAUAUAUAUUUAUAUUUCGCUUAUUGAAAUUGAGGCUAUAGCAACAGCUUUAAUGAGGCAUUGUGAACACUAUUGCCAAUCUAACUCUAAAACAAAUCAUGCGUACAUUUUUUUACUAUAAAGUAUUUAAAAAUGUCAUUUUUAAAACUUGCUGUGAAUCUAAUUUCAUCUGUAUAUUCGUUGGAAUGAUCUAUAUGUCAUAAGUAAAUUGAAUAACUUUACAAAUAGCCGCUUUCAAUUUGUAAAACGACAGGCCAUUAGAAAAAUAUCCACUACUUCAUUAUUAGCCUGACGCAUUUUAGGCUUAUGGCUGUAAGCUUUUAGGUUAAUUAGAAUAUUCACCGCUCAAUUAACCAAAUUUUUUUCCGGCCAUGAACCCAGAGUAUUUAUUUUAAAUAGCCUUAUAAAAGGCUUAUUACAAUAGGUCCAAACAAAUUAAUUUUGAUUGAAUUCUUAGCAUAUUUAUAAAAGUACCCUUUGUGAGCAGAAUACACGUUACACAAUUUCCUCACACUCCACACUUUUCCCCUAAUCGUUACCAUGGUUACCGGCAAGUCCAUUGCCGAAAUCACUGUAAUAAUGUCCUUAUUGUAUUUACAAAAAGUGUAGGCAGGUUGUUAAGAGCCUAAAACGAAUAAAAAAUAAUUACUUUUCCAAUUAGUUUAGGGCAUUGCAAAAUACUGGCAACAUUUGCAAAGAACUGGAUUUUUUCAUUUAACUUAUGGCAUAUAUAAAUCACCCAACAAAAUAAAUAAUUAUAAACAGUAUUAAACAUAUCUGCUCAAUGUGUAUUUAUAUAUCUUGUAUGUUUACAUGAAAUUUCACUUAUUUCAAACGAUGUUUUUUAAGAAUGCAUAACGUAACAGUGGUUAAGAACUCGAUCAAAAAAUCUAUCCUAUACUCAAUAAACAUUGAGAAACCUUACUCGUUCUACAGUAUUAUAUUUUAGAUUUGUAAAUAUUUUAUAUACUUUGUUGAAUUUAGAUCAUAAUUUAUAUAAUAACGAAGGUUGUGUAAUAGAUGCUAUGUUACAAUGAAACUGAAUUUAAUGUCGUCCGUCCAACUUUUUUUGUUGUUCUUUUUUGUAUGUACUUUGGCAUGGUGCAAUUAUCCAUUCCUUUAGCUUUAUCGUUAUUUUAGAAUGUGCUAAAAGUUUAGUUUUUAUGAGUACAAAGCCGCCAGUCACUUACUUAUAACAUUGAAGUGUGAUGCAUCGUCUUUAUUUUUUAAAUAAAUUGUUUGAGUUGCAUCAUCAAAACUAAAAAGGGACAUCGGCUUGAAAAGAUACAAGUUUUUUUUUUGUUUUCUUUAGAUCUUUGCAAGGGGUCAUUCAAAUACUGCGUUACUGCCUAAUUUAUGGGCCUAUUUUGUUUAUUUUUGCCCGAGCAAUGCAAUAUAUAGUUCGUUCACCAGAAGUUGGCACUUGGCUCCACAUCCUCGGAUGAAGAGUUCACUUCAGCGCGGGAGUAAGAGGAGAAACGUCUCCGCGCUUGAAAUUGAGACUACCCUUAAUGCGAGCCAUACGCAAAAAGUUAUUUUUCAAACACAUACUUCGCUAUUACACCUUUCGUUGUUCUAGCUAAUUAAAUAUAUUGCAGCAAAAUGUCUCGAAAAGGACAAACUAUUCACUCAAAUGAGAGAAAUAUCAUCAAAUUUAUGAAAUAUUUAAUGUUAAAAAAAUGCGCAUAAAGAUUGCUAAAUUAAUGAUUUUGUCAUACUAUAGCCAAAUAGCAACCUUGUUCAGGAUUGAACGAAUAGUAUUGCCGGAUACCACGUGAUUAAGUGCCAACUAUUGGUGAACGAACUUUUUAGUGUCUUAGGACUACCUGGUCUUUUUAAUGACUUCUCCGCGGGGGAUUCUUUAGUGUCUUACGGCUGAAAGAAAGGAAUAAAAUCAACUUAUUUUGUGCGUAUUACGAGAACAAGGGGUAUGAACUAUGUUUAUACGAAAUGCUAAAUUCUUUUUAGUGUCAUGACGAAUGAAAUAGAUUUAUUUUUAGUGUUCUCUGACUUACGACAAAAAAAAAGGUUCUAAGUAGUAACUUGCUUUCAUUAUUAUGAAAUUACUCAUAAAUUAUUAAAGUAAUUAAUUUUAGAAAAAACAUAUUUUGACAACAAAAAAAAACCUUAUGUAAGCAUUGGGGAAAACGAUAUUCUUAUUUUUUUUUAAACUUUCUUAAUAUUUAAUCUUCCUUAUUUCGAAAGAAUUAGAAAAAUCACUAACAAUAUGCUGACCUAACCUUUGAAUGGCCCCCAAUUACCGGGAUAAUUGUUGCAUUCAUCGAUAAUUUAUUUAAAAUCACAAUUUUUACAAAACUUUCGAAAACAAUUUUAAAGAGUUUUUUUUUUAAUUGCAAGCAUAUAAAUGGAAAUAUGAAUUGAAAAAAAAAAUAGAAACAUGAAAGUAGAUUUGAAGUUUUUACAUUUUGGUAAGUUUAUCUUGUUAAUGUAAACUUAUUGCAUUCUCAUGUAUUAAUAGAUGCAUCAGUUUGAGUUUUGUACGUUACAGUGACUUGUAAUUAAAGUACUUAAAAUCAUUUAAAUUAUACUCCCCUUUUGAUUGAACCAGGAUGAGAUUCGCCAUUUUAUUUUUUUUAUCAUGAAAAUUGUGAUAAAAGUUGUUGUUUUUUAUUAGUUUCAAUCUUUUACAUCUUACUCGAUUUUGCCUCGUGAACGGCUAACAUAACUUCAAAUAUCUUCAAUUCGAAUAUUUUCAAGAUUUUUUAAAUCAUUUUUCCAUGAAACUUUAAUUUUGCGACUGCUGUUUUUAUUUAAUAUUUGCGAAUGUUUUACUCAUUAAAACCAAACAUAAUAUUUGCAAGAAAAAUUUUAUGAUAUAUCUAUUAAAGUGAUUUUUUUUAUGAAAUAAUAUGUUCUUUUUACGUUUCAUCGGUUGUCCCGAAAAUAAUCGAAAAUUUUAAAAAUUCAAUUAAAGAAAAACAAGGAUAGAAAUGUACGAUAUCUUUCCAUCUGCACAAAAACCAAAUAAUUGAACUUUAAGUUUUAAAAUUAGUUAGUAUUAAGUUUAUAAACAGUACGUGAAAAUAUAAGACAAUAUAUAAUAUUCAAAAUAACUACCUUUAGUAGUCAUAUUGAGGACAAAAUUAAUAAACGCCCAUUUAAAUACUUCAGUUGGAACAAUUAGAAAAAUCGGUUUAAAGCUUUUCCUGCCAUCUGUUGACGAAACUUGAAACUAAUUUUGAAAUUUGUUGAUAAAAAAAGAAAAAACCUAUUUUCUCAAGUAGGAUAGAGCAAAUCGCAUAUUUUUUUAACCGAUUUUCAAGUCGUUUAUUACUUUUGGAAUUCCGUUAAGUUAAUAGUUUCUUUAACUAUCUACCACUUUGGAAAAAAAACUAGCUGGGUGAUUAGGAGCUAGCUUAUAAUUCGGAACUUUUCAAAUACAGAAUACCAAAAUUUAAUAAACGACUUUUUUUUUUAUCAUAUCAAUCUAUCUGAUUAUUUUUGUUUGUAUUUUUUUUAUUAAAAUUUAUUUAUACUCAUUGUAUUUUAUAUGAUCAAACCGAUGUCCUUUUUUAAAUUUUAUUCAGUGCAUUUUCUUAUAAGUGCAAAUUUUUGAACUGGUCGAAUGAAAUAAUUUAAGUCACAAAGAAUUAUGUGUUUUGUUUGAUUUUGUAAAGAGAUUAUUAUGAUUAAAUGUAUGUGAAAUUUGUAA